AUGCCCAUCCCAGGAAAGCAACUCUCUGUGCUUGGCAGCAACGUCAGAAUCGCUGGUCCUGAGGACAUGGGAUCAGCCAGCUUCAGCUGCGAGCUGCGCAAAAUGGUGGGCGCCGUGGAGCAUAAGUUGAAGGCGUUCCGAAAUGUGUAUUCAGAGCAGCGGCGGCUUGAGCUUCAGGACCUUUGUGCAGAAGAGUGUCGCUUAGAAGAGUCUCUCCAGGCCUCGGUGGCUCGUUUCGACGCCUGGGAGGCGAACGGAAGCGCUGCCAGCGUCCGGGCGCAUCGGCGCCCGAGCAGCGCGCCACAGCGGCGGCUGAAGACCAAGGGGACCAUGGCCAGGAGCCAAGAGUUGCGGGGUCGAGUGGAAGAGAUCUCACAGCAGCUGGCGACGCCACGGGAUGGAGUGCCGGAGGUUGGCGCCAAGCCGACCACGAGGCCUUCCUACGCCUGCUCUUGGGCCGCUUUCGCGGCCGACCUAGCGGCGGAUUCUUGGCGGAGGCACACCUUUUUCAAAUGGCUUUGGGACCUGGAAUUUGCGGGAGAAACCCUAGAUUUGAUGGCGCAGGAAUUGUUGCCACACUUGGCGCAUGAGCAACUCGUGGAGCAUUCUAAAUGGCUGCUGGAACAGGAUGCUUUGCAGGCUGAACGACAGUCAUUGCUGCAGCAAUGGCGCACGGAAAAGAGCUCAAAAGGUCCAGAAAGCGCCACCUUGGCAUCUGAAGAGAAGAAAAAGCAAGUGGAGGCUUGGCAGAAAGAACGUGCCGAAGCAGCACGUGCUGAGCAGGAAAAGCAGCGCGAAGCAGAAGAGGAAGAGAAGAGGAAGGCCAAAAGGCGGCAAGAAGCUUUGCAAGCCAAGAAGGAGGAGAUGGAGUGUUGGCGCAAGCAGAAAGAGAUGCUUCGGAAGAACGAAGCCAGUGCUGCACAGGUGACCGCCGCCCCACUGACUGCGCAGCAGAUUCUCCGGCUCCGCGCACGUAGCGAACAGCUGCUGCGAAAUCGGGUGGUGAAGAGGUGUUUGCUCUUAGAGAAUCAGAGCAAUGGACGUCAAUAUUGGUCAGGAAUGCUACCGGAAUUUUACGAGCGGAAGAUGGAGGAAACCGAGGAAGGCAGUGACUUUUGUUUUCCAAAGAGCAUUCCAGAAACCCUGUUCUCAAGCCCAGUUCAUGAUGUGAAUCCCCUCCACAGUGUUCAGGAGCGACAGCGCGCAGAGAAGCUCGUAAAUACAACCUGCGAGCGUGAUGAGUUUGUGCGAAGUGCUUAUUCACAUAUCCCUGGACGUUUGAACAGCAGCACGCAGCAAUACAUCCUCCGGGCCCGACAGUGCCGUGACGAGGAUUCAGAGGUCUGGAGCUGCCGUGGCGUGGUCCCUGGGAACUUCGCUCAUCAGGGCCUACUGCGGACCAUGAGGGCUGAGGCCUUGGUUUUCGUUGAGCGCAUCAACUUGCUACGUUUUUUGGAGAACAGUGCCGACGCAGUGCCGGCGUGUCAAUAUGGAGUGGAAUUGGAUUUCACCGCGGUGGAAACAACGGAAAGGACUCUGGUCGUGAACCAUGCCUUAUACAGGGAUACAGGCUUUCUGAGUCAGGACUUUCGACAUCGCACCAAGGACGCUUGUCGGCAAGCAGUUCGAGAAGCUCGUAGAUUGGAGACAUCCUUCCAAGCAACGCCGGAGAUUGUCAUCGAUGGACUACUUGGAGAGGAUGGAUCUGCCAGAACUGCUGCCUUUACCUCCGCUCCCGGGGAGGUGUUGCAGCAGAUGGACGAAGUAUUAUAUCUCUACACUGCUGGCUUCACCAAGAGUACUUCAGCUGCUGACAUUGGUGUUAGAAGCGCAGAGCGGACAGCUGCCCUUUUGCAUGAGGCUGGCAACCUGGACCAGGAUCCCACUGCCAUAACAGAGGCAGAGGUUCAGAGUUGGCUGCCGAUCUUCUUGAGGCACCAGAUCAUGCUGAUCCUUUUCCUUGGGCCUUCAAGAGGCACGUUGGAGCUGCAACCCUUUGACGAGGAGGGUUUGCCGAUGCGUUUAGCAACUGAGCCCGGCAUGCUCGUAGCCUUGCGUGCAGACUUGUUGUGGAGGAGGUGUUUUGGUGGGAACAAAGGGUUUGGGAGAGGUCUCGGAGAGGUUGAAAUUACUUCUGAAGGAGAAAGUGUCAGUAGCAAAAAGCACGUCGUGAGUCUUUCCUACUCACCUCCCAAACAAACCAUUGGUUUGCGCUUCAAGCUUGGUUUGAACAAUCUGAGUCUUUGUGCGAAUCACAAGACAUUUCCUUCCCUAGCUUUGUACUGGAAAGAUACUGUAGGCUUUCUGCCAAAAAUGCAAACAGCCUCUUGCACAAGUGCUGAUCCCGUUGCAUUUGGGAGGUAUUCCUGUGCCCCUGGUUCGACGGGUUACGCUCUGAGCUGCUUCUUACUGGGGUGGGGAUGCUCAGACCACAGCCUAGGCAGAUUUCAGCAACAGAAAGAUACAGAAAGGCAAUCUGUCAGAAUUUCCAGGCCCAGUCUGGCCCAGUUUAGUGCUGAUUUCUCGAGAUCGAGGCCUGAAGCCGUGGGGAAAUCCAGGACAGCCCUGUUGGCAAACAUUGGACACUUGCGUGGUCCGAUGGAUACGGAUGGUAUAUAG